CAUCGCCCAUAGACUGCCGCGUUCACUCUGAAAUUUACCGAGUUACUAACUGGUUUUAGUUAUGCACGUGCCCGCCCAACGAAUAAACAAGUCGGAAAUGUACGAGUUUCCUAGUUCGGAUUCACAUUUGAACGCAGCAUUAGUCUAUGCGUGACGCGCACAACUUUUUACUUGAGGUUUUCUCGAAAUGCACAGGGACGACCAUACUUCAGUGGUGACGACCUUAUUUUGAACAAACCGACAACCCGAUAUAGUAUUGUCAUGGAGGGAACACCCGUGGAGGUUCUUGGCGUCCCCACUGAUAUCCUUGCCUCUGUUAGAAUGGUUGACAAGCUCACAAUACACUUCCAACGACCAGGGAACGGGGGAGGAGAGGUGAAGAGAGUACAGUUUCCAUCCUACAGCCCAGGACAGGCCUUUGUCAUAUUUGAGGAUCCAGAAGUGGCUGCACGUGUUUUGCAGCAGACCCAUGUCUUAGAAGUGGAUGGACAACACUUUCCUCUUAAAAUCAGGAAAGCUAAUAGGCCUGAGGUGGACAUGCCAGUCAAGGCCAAUCUGGAUGUGAGCAUGUUCUCCAAGGACAGCGAGGAGGUGAUCCAGCCUGUGAACGAGAUUCCUCAUGGUCAGCUACCCAUGCAGGGCUUCAUCCAGAAGUUCAGUGCAGUGGAGGCUCAAAUGCAGCAUGUCUUACCCCAGGACACUAACACCCUGCGCCACAGCAGCCCUUCGCCAUCCAGUCUCAAUAGCCAUGCCUCUGGGGCCAUUUCCAAAUCCUCAAUCCGCUGCAACCCAUUUCCCAGCCCACAAGCAACAGGGUAUGUUGAGGACAACUUGACCCAUAUGAGGAACCUAUCCCUCAAGCCAUUGGAACCCAUCUCCCAGACCCCAUCUUGCAGUGAGGUCUUCUUCAUAACGGACGCAGAUGUGCUCCGUUAUGCCCUGUGCGUCAGGAAAAAGGACAUUGAUUCCAUUCUUGGAGGUCACACAACUCAAAUGGAUGUUAAGCCAGCUGAAGGUUCCGACCUCCGCUAUGUUUUCCUUGACGGGAAGAAUCCAGAGAGGGUUAUGGAAAAGCUGCAAGUUUUUCUCACCAAGCUUCAUUUAAGACUACGAACUCAAGAAAUCCCACUAUGGACACUCGAUCGCGACCGACAGGUUAGAAUUCACCAACUGGUUCAGAAGUAUAAUAUAAUUUAUCCUACUGUCCUCGUCAAUCAGGUUGGAGAUCUCCUCCGCCUUGUAGGACCUUCCAAGGAAAGUUAUGAGAUGAAGCAGAGGCUCCUGGGAAAACCCAUAGACCUGCUACCAGCUGGGCUAACAGGGAGGGUACUGGACAGGAGUACCCAUGGUGCUCCCAUCCCAUGGCCUCCUGGCCCAGUACCUGACCCUGUGUCUGCACCUGCACCAGAUUACUAGUAAAUUAACUACAUUUUGCAGUAGCUUGGUGGUAGUGGAACUAAAUUCAAAUCUAGAUAGUGUUUGCAGGAGUUCAUUACUUUUUGUCAUGUAGCAGUGUAGCUAACUACUGGAACUACAUACUACGUUUUAGCCAUGUAGCGGUGUAGCUAACUACUGGAACUACACACUACUGUUUUACCAUGUAGCGGUGUAGCUAACUACUGGAACUACACACUACUGUUUUAACAUGUAGCGGUGUAGCUAACUACUGGAACUACACACUACUGUUUUACCGUGUAGCGGUGUAGCUAACUACUGGAACUACACACUACAUUUUUGGCUAAAAUAAAAGGAGUGAAGUAGGCCAUAAUUUCGAUUUUUUGGCAUCAGACCAACCUGUUUCUCACUUGAAACAUCGUUUUUGUGUUUAACAUAAAUUACAGGUUCUGUUAAUAGAUGACCCCAGAGUGAUCUCUUCUUGCAAUUUGUAGUCUGACAUUUUCAGAUUUAGAUAUGACACGUUUUCACAAAGUAGUUUGGAUGUAGUGAACUACCUUUCAAAUUAACUAGUUAAGAAAACUAUUUUUCUUAACUUCUUCCAGUGUGAGGUAAUUGGUAGCUUGCUAAACUGUCUUUUCUGAGUAGCUUUCCCAACACAGAAAAAUGCCAGGGUGAGCCUGGCUCCCGUUCAUCCCAGGCAAACCUAUUCUCUGUCCUGGCACCCAAAUGGUGGAACAAGCUUCCAGUUCCCCCUAAAAUCAGGACAGCUGAGUCACUGCCCAUCUUCCCGAAAACAUCUGAAAACCCACCUCUUCAGUAUCUUUAUCGAACACCCUUGUUGACACUGGCACGACUCUUUUCUUACUAGCUUAGAUCAUUUAUUGAGGAAAAAUGUACUGACUUUGACUGUGACAUGUGGUUGUCUCUCCUAGCUAUCUAAAGAUGGAUGCACAAACUGUGCAGUGACUCUGGAUAAGAGCGUCUGCUGAAUGACAAAAAUGUCAUGUUUAAUGAACAUGGACGGGUUGUACAAGGGGCUACAGUAGGCGCUUUGCCCUCUACACCCACUCCCAUUCACAGGGGAAGAAGUCACUCUGAUUCCCCGGUGAAAAUAAAAGAGCUUAGAGUUACACGGGAGGUCUUGAGGCCAGAAAGGGCGGAUGAUGUGGUGGUGCCCUCUGCUGGAACUCAAAUGCCAGUGGUGAAAAAGAGGACAUUACUUCCAAAAAGUCCUACUAACACAAUAGAAUGGAAAGAAUGUGUUUCCAAGCAAGAAAAAGCCCUAACUGGUUACUAGUUUAGAUGCAGACACCUGUAACGGCGGCAGGGUAGUCUAGUGGUUAGAGCGUUGGGCUAGUAACCGAAAGGUUGCAAGUUCAAAUCCCCGAGCUGACAAGGUACAAAUCUGUCGUUCUGCCCCUGAACAAGGCAGUUAACCCACUGUUCCUAGGCCGUCAUUGAAAAUAAGAGUUUGUUCUUAACUGACUUGCCUAGUUAAAUAAAAAGGUUAAAUGUAAGUCGCUCUGGAUAAGAGCGUCUGCUAAAUGACUUAAAUGUAAUGAAAGUGGCUUGGUUUGUUAAUUUCUUGAAUGUCUUUAAUUUCAUAAUAUGCUGUGGGGUAAAAUGUUCAAUUCACAUGUAUACACAUUUUGUUUUGUAAGGUUUUUUCUUGGACAAAUUGAUUUCUGUAUUUUCUAAUAUUUUCUUUCUCAUGAUACGAAUCUAUUCUAAAUGUGUUUUUUGUUUGUUUUGAGGGAUUGAGGGCAAUAAACAUAUUAUAUUUGUGUAAA